AUGCAACAGUCUGAUGUUCAAUCCUCGCAUUCUUUCCCGACGAACGACGGCGAUGAUGGAUCCGAAUAUGAUGCUGUCAUUUCCGAUGAAGUAUCUGCAUCUUCUGUACAUCCCGCUAACCCCUCGCAAACGUCGAAACCACCUCCAGGCCCAUCUCACCCUCGCACUCAAAUCUCAACCCCGCAAUCGAUAAUACCUUCCGACAACACCUUCUCCCUGCAGCUAUCCGCCCUUAUAUCCUCCACCAUUCUCCCUCAAACACAAUCACUGAAAAUUCUUCUUUCCAAGAUACACGAUAUCAUCCUCUCCCUCCCUUCUCUCCCCGUGGUCUCCCCAGAAAGGGCAAUCAGGAGAUUAGGUAAAAUGACCAUGCCCCCUGUAGCCCCGGACGAAUUCGUAGCUAGGGAUGUCAAGUGGGGUCUUGGUUGGGAACCUCCGGUAGAGAUAUUGCUAGGAGGUAGUUGGAGCGUCUGUGGAGGAUAUAGAACGGCGAAAGGUGAAAUGGGUGAUGUGGAUUUGGUUCUGAUCAUGCCUGAGUCAUUGUUCACUCCUAAAGAUAGAUUGGAUUACCGAUACCUACAUAAAAGAGUGCAUUACCUCGUUGUGAUAGCCAAGGAAUUGUCACGGCUGUGUUCUAUCGAGUCUCCCCUCAUGGGAGGAAAGCUGUCAUGGGGGUACGCUUCUGGUGAUCAUCGGCGACCCACAGUCCGAUUGUCCGUGGGGAAAGAACAAGGGUUGAAAUACACCACUACCAUCAACAUCCACGCCGGCGUACCAUCCACUCUCUUCCCACCUCAUACCCUCUCGCCCAUAAAAUGCCUCCUACGUCACCCUUCUCUCCUCGAAAAUCCCACUACAUCGUACUCCACCUCUAUAGCCCUCGACACUCUUCACAAAUCGCAUCUACUCCACUUACACCGUCUCUCACAACACCUACCUGAAGGGACUUUAGCUUCUUUCCUCGCUGCUUGGCGGAUAUGGGCGCGCAGACGUGGUAUAUCACGUGAGAAAGGCGGAAGCGGGUGGUUUGCGGGGGUGUUGUUGGGGUGGAUAGUUAAUGGUGGUGAGAUCGGUGGUCAGGGAGGACAAAGAGAAAAGACAAGAAAGUAUAAAGGCUUAGGGAAAGGUUUGCAUCAUUGGGAAGCUUUACGUGCGGCGUGGGAAUUUAUAGCGUCAACUGAUUUCGAGAAAACCCCUGUGUUCUGCGCCACCGAGGUGGAGAGCUCUAUCCCACAGGCAGACUUUCUGAAAGCUUUCAAUGGACCCAUCUUUGUGGAUCCAACCGGGAUGGUCAACGUCUUUUCGGGCUGGGAGAAAGGCCAAUUAGACCUUUUACGGCAUUAUGCCAGAGAAACUCUGGGAGUUUUGGAAGAUGGAACAGACUCUUUUGACGAGGUGUUUCUAAGUGAUCGGAAGAUGGGUAUGGCGAAGUUUGAUGAGUUCAUUCGUGUCGACGUCACAGGCUUCACGCUCGAAACGACGCUUGCCGAACAAUGUUCUCAUCCGGAUACCCUUGACCUCUACUCCUACUCUGUCGCCGCCAUUCUUCGGCGGGGACUCACCGAUCGAGCUCGUCUGGUAUACGUCGCCCCUUCGUCCGAUACGACACUCGACGUAGGUCUCACUUAUAACCCAACGUCCGCAACGCGCGUGCUCGAUGUCGGACCUCCUUCGACGGACGAGGCUGCUUGUCAGUCUUUCCGCCAGUUAUGGGGUAGUAAAGCCGAAUUACGUCGUUUCAAAGAUGGUUCAAUUUCCGAAUCUGUCAUGUGGGAAAUCUCUCGACCUGAAGAAGCCGCUUUGAUACCCUUCCGAGCCAUCUCACAUCUCCUCAAUACCCACUUUCACCUCUCUCAAACCAACAUCACACCUCUUUCAUCUAAUCCCGAAUGGCUGUCCAUUGUGCAAAUACCGAAUUCUGCCCGAGAGGUUGUAUCACUGGAAGGAAGUGAGAAACUAGGAUUCCGACCCAUUCUAGAUGGCUACGAUAUAUUAUACAAAUCUCUCAAAUCGAUCGAUACUGAAUUACCCCUCUCAAUCCUCCACGUCACUCCGACUAGCGAAUUGCUACGAUAUUCAAGCACAUUCGUUCCGCAUCCCAUCGAUGUCGCAAGACACGGACAUUCUCCUGAUUGUAUGAAAUACAUCCCACUGGCAGACGUAGUAAUGCAAUUCGAAUCUUCCCCUCGCUGGCCUGAAGAUCUAGCAGCGGUGCAAAAAGUGAAAUUGGCAAUGUUUGAAAAACUCGCUAGAAUACUUCAAUCUUCCAUUCCUAGAUCUAGACUCAACGUAGCUAUCGAACCCGAUUGUAGUGAUAUUGAAGAUUACGCAUCUUUGGAAAUUCUUUUACCUCAAGGAGUAGCAUUUAGAAUACGUAUUUUUCACGAUAAAGAAAAGUUUCUUCUCGAAAGAGCUCUAGAACCUCCUAAACCCAUUCACAUGUUAGGAACACAACUACCUCAACCUCCCAGAAAAUUGGUGAUACCAGCUUUGGAGAAACAUUUAAUUCGGUUCCAUUACAAAUCAGAACAUCAUCAAGCUUUCGCUCCAUUACAUCAUCGAUUUCCCUCUUUUUCAUCUUCAACAAGACUUCUUCGUAGAUGGUUAUCCUCUCAUCUUCUCUCACCUCAUAUUCCAUCUGAAACUGUUGAGUUACUUAUGGCUUCAGUGUAUCUCGAUCCGUCAAGUCUUGGAACUCCUGCAUCUUCAACGAAAGGGUUUAUCAACGCUCUUAUCAAAUUGGGUGAAUGGGAUUGGAGAAAAGAACCAUUGUUCGUUCCACUUUCCACUGAGAUACAUUCUUCAGAUAGAGAUGGAAGAGUCAAGUUUCCGGAGGAAAUGAAAAAAGAAGCAUUAGAGAAGUUUACACAAUUGAGGAAAAGAGAUGAAGAAGUUCAUCUAGGUGCUUGGGUGAUAGUUACUUUAAUGGAUAUAGAAGGGAUGAGAUGGACUAAGGAAAGACCAGGGAGGGUUGUAGCUGGAAGAAUUGGGGUUUUAGCCAGAGCGGCUUUGGAAGAGUUGAGGAUAGCGGAAGAAAAACGAGUAUUGAAUGUCAAGAACCUCUUCACGACACCUUUAGAUCAAUACGAUUUCCUGAUCCAUCUAAAACCAUCUCUGGUACCGACUUACGCCCAAGCUGUUCGGUGUGAAGAAGAGCAAUGGGAAACCAGCUCUUCCAAGUUUCGCAACGCUCCUGUGAUACAAGGAGUUUACGGAUCAGAAAUACGCCUGGGAUUCGAUCCCAUGUCAGAGUUUGUCAGGGAUAUACAACGAUUAUACGGAGAUACUUUAUUGGUUUUCCAUGACCCACAUGGAGGUACGGUGAUAGCUUGUGUUUGGAAUCCCAUCAAGGAACAACCAAGAAGUUUGAAACCUCUUUUAGGUUAUUCUACAAAACCUAUAGUUUCCUCCACUUUGGUGACUAUCAAUAAAGAAGCUAUCAUAGCUGAGAUUUCUCGUUUGGGUCAAGGUUUGAUCGAACGUAUUGACCGAUCACGGGGAUGA